CCCCCUGCCCCAGCCAAGACAAAAUUUAGGGGCCAUGCACGGCACCCUUCACACCGGCACUGCUUAAGAUCCAUCUGUCAAAGAAGCCGCACUUUGGGUUCGGAAGUUCUGGGUUCUGUCCUUAAGAGUAAUCCUUGUGCGCGCCGGACUUGGCGCGUCUCCGCAGCGCAGGUGUCGCUGUGACAGUGCGUGUACGGUGUAGGAGCUCAUCUCACCUGAGGCUCCCUCCGCGUCCUCCUGCUUUUUUUUCUCCCCGGAGAGGCUGCUCCGCUCCCCUAUAAAUAUUCCCCGCGCGGCGCAAAGCGCAUCAGUGCGGCGUUCGCAGCCCGAGCGCAGUUGGCGGCAUCCAAUGGCGUUGGCGGUGACCUCCUCCUGCUGGACGCUGCUGCUCGGCGCGUGCCUGGCGGUGGCGGCGCGCGCGGACUGCGGGAAGGACUGCGUGCACUGCACGUACCACCUCGCGGGUCGCCGCGUGGAGAUAGACGCCCUGACGUGCACACUAGGAUGUGAGGGAAAGCUGCCGGCAGAGAGGUCCUGGGACCUGUGCAAAGACCUCCUGCAGGGGAGCGCGGCCAGGCAGAGCGUGGCUGGAGAGGCGCGAGACGGCGCGGGCAGCGCAAGCCGUGAAGCGGGCAUGCACGCGCUCUCCAAGAAGUAUGGCGGCUUCAUGAAGCGCUACGGGGGCUUCAUGAAGAAAACCGCCGAGCUGUACGGCGUCGAGCCCGACGGGCACAGCGAGGAGGAAGCAGAGGAGGAGGAAGACCGCGGCAGGGAGAUCCUCGCGAAGAGAUACGGCGGAUUCAUGAAGAAGGAUGGCGAGGGCGAGCUGGAGGGCGUCGCCCUUUUGAAGGAGAUGCUGCGCGCGGGCGGCGACGCGGAAGGCCGCGAGGGCGAUGUGUCCAAGCGCUAUGGCGGAUUUAUGAGGAGCACCAAGAGCAGCUUGGGCCUGGAAGACGGAAUCAAGGAGCUGCAGAAGAGAUACGGGGGGUUCAUGAGAAGAGUGGGCAGACCGGAGUGGAAGGAAGACCAGAAGAGAUACGGGGGCUUCCUCAAGAGGUCCAGAGAAGACGACCCCGAGAGCAUCUCUGAAGACAUACCUUACAUGGACAAGCGAUAUGGAGGAUUUAUGAUGUAUUAGUUACAACACCGACAGAGACUCUCUUAUAAAUUUUCAUGUUAUGACAUAUUUUCAUUUCAUGUUACUUUGUCUUGCUUGGCAUGUACAGGUUUUUUGGUUUUAUUGUCUGGAAUAAAUAUACAUAUGUGUUGCCAACCACAGACAUGAGCUGUUUGAAGUACUUUCCAUGAAGUUCUCUGAGGCCCGUGUUAUCCUUCUGGAGGGUGUCCUUAGGGUGAAGCCCAUCUCGCGCUGCAUCUUCUGCUGCUCUCAGCAAAACGAACUUCCUUUUGGGGUCUGUGAUUAGUAUCCCCUCAGUCACAUGAAGCACAGUCAUAGCACAUCCAUAAGAUGUCUUCUUUGCAAGCUGACACAACUGAAGCUCAAUAUCCAGUAGAAGAGGAUGAAGACGGAUGUGUUUGGCUUAGUUACAACUGUUUCCACCAACCAGUCUUGCUUGUAUUUAAGGUGUUUGGCAAAUGUGCAUCGAAACCAAUAAGAACAUUCUCUCUCCAUAAUGCUGCCUAAAAUGUGGUAUACCACGAAGGUUAUGUUUCAGUUAAGGGUUUGAUGUAUGUUGCUACUUUCUGAGUUUGUUAAAAGUACAGUGUCUGUAGUUAUUGAGGCUUGAAUUCUAUUUUUUGAAAUGCUCUAUAUUUUUUUUAAUUUUAAUCCAAGCUGUGUCUCCAGUUUGUUGAGCUGUACAAUUAUAAUAAAUUC